ACAUAUAUAUUUGAUAUUUUCAGCAAUAAAUUCCAUAGAUCCAUGCAAACUGUUUACAGUCAUAUAGCUGGGAAAGUAUUUUAAGUUUUCCUUUGUUUGACUUGAACGCGAAAACAGCAGUUUAAAUGCAGUAUUUACUUAGCUUGAGCGCCCUGCUCACGCUGCUGGCCACAGCUUACGCCAUCAGAUGCUACUCAUGCGAGUCCGUUUACGAGGCGAACUGCGGCGAGAAUUUCGAAAUCGAGAAUCAUUUCAAGUACGAUUGCGCCUUCAUUGCCCCGCCCCGUUUUUUGGAAAACGAACUGUCCAACAAGAACGCCACGGCCUGCGUGAAGCGCGUUUUUCGCGAAAAUGGCGUCAAGAAGGUCGUCCGGGCCUGCUACUUCGGGGAGGUGAACGAAACGGAGAUUGGCUGCAAGCUGGACCCUACGCUGACAUCCGUGCAGAAUGCCAGCUGCCACGUCUGCAACAAUGAGAACUUCUGCAAUGGCGCAACUCAGCCCGAGCUGGAUGUGUGGAAGCUGCCGGCGCUGGCGCUGUUCAUUGUGGCAGCGCAGUGGCUGCGCGCUGGCCAGCGGGAUGUAUGAGGCAUAUUUGAGGCAUUAGACAUUAAGUUGUUGUUGU